AUCUCAUCUCAUCUCUCCCUAUAAAUAACCCCCGCGAAAACCCUGUUCUGAUUUUCGCUGCCGCUCUCAGCUCCGACCCGAUCCGAGAUCCGAUUUCGUACAACCCGUACAUGCCAGCCUUUGUCGUCUGAGUACCAGUACUCGGACGCCGUCACUAAAACCCUAGCUCCGCUUCGAUCUCUUCCGCCAUGGGAGACUUCAGCGAUGCCUUCAUGCGCAACAACGCCGCCGUUCAGGCCAAGACCAAGGCCCAGAACCGCGCUAAUGUCCUCCAGCUCAAAAUGAUUGGGCAGAGCCACCCCACUGGUUUAACAACCAACCUACUGAAGCUCUUCGAGCCCCGUCCGCCGCUGGACUUUAAGCCUCCUCCUGAGAAGAGAAAGUGCCCGCCACUUACAGGGAUAGCACAGUAUGUGGCAAAUUUCGCUGAGCCGGGGGAUCCCCAGUAUUCUGUACCUGUUGAAAAGGGAGAAACUCCUGCACAAAGAAGGGCUAGAGUACACCAGUUAAGACUUGAGAAGGGUGCAGCAAAGGCCGCGGAGGAGCUAGAGAAAUAUGACCCAAAUAGCGAUCCAAUGAUUUCUGGAGAUCCGUACAAGACUUUAUUUGUUGCUAGACUUAAUUAUGAGACAACUGAGAGCAAACUUAAAAGGGAGUUUGACGCGUAUGGUCCAAUCAAAAGGGUUCGGUUGGUCACGGACAAAGAGUCAAAUAAACCUCGAGGCUAUGCAUUCAUAGAAUAUAUGCAUACCCGUGACAUGAAAGCUGCAUACAAGCAAGCUGAUGGAAAAAAGAUUGAAGGUAGAAGGGUGCUUGUAGAUGUCGAACGUGGAAGAACAGUACCAAACUGGCGACCUCGGCGACUAGGUGGUGGACUAGGAACCACCAGAGUUGGAGGUGAAGAAGUUAAUCAGAAACACUCAGGGAGGGAGCAAGCACAAUCAGGAGGACCAUCCCGGUCUGAGGAGCCAAGGGUACGCGAGGAGCGUCAUGUAGACAUGGACAGAGAAAAAUCCCGUGAAAGGGGGAAAGAGAAGGAGAGAGAACGGGAGAAGUCCCGUGAGCGCUCCCAUGACAAGACUAGAGAACGUGAUCAUAGGGAGGAUAGGCAUCACAGGGACCGUGAUAGAACCAGGGAUAGGGACAGGGAAAGGGAGAGAGAUAGUCGUCGUGAUCGGGAUCGUGGAAGGGACAGAGGAAGGGAUCGUGGUCGCGAUAGAGAUCGGGAGCGAGAUCGCCCCCGUGAGAAGGAGAGAGAUUAUGAAGUUGGAUUACUAGAUCAUGACCGUGGCCGUUCACGUGAUAAAGACUCUGAUUUUGACCGUGUUGAGUCAAAACAUGAGAAGGACAGACGUGGAGAAAGGGAGCGGAAUUAUGAUCCUGCUGCCCCAGAAGAUGACCAGGCUUGGUUUGAACAUUCUGAACAUGGCCAUAGGCACUCAGACCCUGACCAUGAUCCUGAGCACUAUGAGCGUCGUCGAAGCCAGUAUGAUGAUCACUUGGAUGCCGAGCAUGACCACGAUCGCUACAAACAGUAUCCAGAUCGCUAUGAUGAUCAAAUGGAGGAGGAUGACUACCAUUAUGAAAAAGCCCCAGUUGAAUCACGUGAAAGGGAGAGAAGUGGUGACGCCGAGCGUGAUUAUCAGCGAUCUGCUAGAUCAGUUUCUCGGGAGUAUGAAUAUUGAUCUGGGUGUGCUUCACUGAGAUUCCACCUGCUUGGUACCAAUUUGCAGUAGCUUCUUUCUGCGUGGUCUUUUGGUUUUUGUUACUUUCACUUAAUGAUGUUUCGGAUGGGCUGCUUUUGGAUAUUGUUGCGAUUGGGUGAUUUGUUUAUGUUUGGAUGAUUCCAAUGUAGAAAGAUUGUGAGUUAAUACUAAUGAACCUUUUGGAUA